GGAACAAACCUUAUGUCGAUGCGUUCCUUCCUAACCUCAAAUUUUUACUCCAUCAAACAAAAGGCCAAAUAAAAUGGCAAAUCUUUUACCAAGGAUUCUAACAAAUUUAAGCAGAUUAUCAUUAAAAACACUCCACAAUGUACCUAAAACAACCCCCUCCCUAAAUUCCCUGGCUCACCAAGCCCAAAAACAACACUCGACACAGGCUACCCCUUAUGAAAUUGUAGAUGAAGAAAAGGACUAUAAAAUGGUAAAAGAUGUUAUAGAUCAGGUAAACAAUCAAGUAGCACAAGCGAAACAAGGCAGACUAUUUGCAGUAGUCCAUGUAGCUGGAAAACAAGUUAAAAUAACUGAAGGAGAUGUGGUUAUUGUGGAAGGAUAUUGGCCUCCAGAGUGUGGAGAAAAGUUACAAUUGAAUAAAGUCUUGUUAGCAGGUGCUGCAGAUUUUACCCUAAUUGGCAGGCCUUUAGUACAGAAAGGUUUAGUAAAUGUUGAGGCUACAGUAAUUGAAAAAACCCUGUCUCACACUAAAACGAACUUCAAGAAGAAGAGGAGGAAACAGUAUAUGAGGAUUCAAUUCUAUAAAAUUCCACAAACCUUCCUGAGGAUCAAUUCAAUUCAAAUUAAAGGAGAAGUCGAUAAUCCGCCUGAAGUCGAAGGAUUAGAUAAAGUAGUAUUUUAGAUGAUUUAUUAGUUUAGAAAUAAAACGCCUCUUUAAAUACAAUUUUUAUUAAUUAAAUCCUAGAGUUAAUAUACAUAAAAUCUAUAAAAACUCAGUUAAAUUUAUAAUAUAUAUAAAAAAAAACAUUUCAUAGCAAAGUACAAAGGAGAAUCCGGGAUUUUUUUUUUGUUUUGUUUUCUAUUCUAAAGUCUAUACGAAGUUAAAUUGUAGACCUUAAAAACGAAUAUAUUAUCAGUACAAGUUUCAAUCACAAAAUACAUAAAAUUAAAGAAAAUAUAAAAAAUAGGUUAGUACAGGAAACUUUUAAAAAUUAGUAAAGAGUAAAAGAUUUAAAUAUAUAAUAUUUUUAUCACACCGAUUUUUAUAAACUAAAAUGCGGAAUUCCCGGUUCGGUAAAAUCUAAAACCCUAUGAAAUCCCAUUAUGUAUGUCACUAUUAAUUUAGCUAGAAAAGAAUUGGCACGAAAAAGGUUCCCACUCGUAAAUUACAAAAAACAGAAAAUGCAUUGCUUCAAUUUACCCCCAAGGGUUGUAAUUUAUAAUGUACAUAAUACACAAACUCUUUUAACAUCUAAUGAUCUAAUGGGGGAAUGAUUACAUUUGAAUGACAGUUACUUAUAUUUUAUUAUUGAAAAAAUAAAUGUAUUACAAUGGUAGGCAGUGGCUUUUUAGAUUACACUGUUGUUUUGGCCCCACUGGUGCUUCAAUUAUUGUCAAUAAUUUUUCUGCCAAAGAUCAAUAACAUUCUGCCAGUGGUACCUAUAAUUAAUUAAUUGCCAAUAAAAUGCCUAAAGUUGAAUAAUUCCUGUUAUAGUUUUUUAAUCAGUCUGUUGAUUUUUUGAGUAAUCUAAAUAUUAGAUACUUGAAAUUUUGCAGUAAAUAAUUCAACUUUGCUUUGAUUUCAAAUCACACAAACCCUUUAUGGAACCUCAUAGUUGGGUGUUCUUUUUUUUGUCCUGCCCGCCUCUCUGCACAGAGUCCUACAGAUACCGAGCCAAGCCUCCUCGUAGCCGUCCUGCUGUUGAGAACUACAGGAAGGGCUGCUGUCGCCUCUCACAACAGUGUCGCACACGAAUCGCGCCAGUCAAUCGACUAAAAUCCCUUGCGACACCUUAAUCAAAGUGCCUUUGAGUAGUUGAAAAGACGGGCGGUUCUCGGGCAAGUGGGACCAGCAUUUCUUCAUCACAUCGUAUACUUCCUUAAAACAAGCUUUGGGUUUUUCUAGGAUGAUGCCUUUUUGCACCCGGUCGACCACCUCGGAGUUUUUUAGUCUUCCGUAGGGCAUUUUGCCACAGGUGAAUACUUCCC